GUGUGACGCCGGGACCGACCCAGCCGAAACCGGCUGAAUCCGGAGCCCCGAGCCCCCCAGACCGGCCCCGCGCAGCACGGUAAGCGGGGCCGGGCGGCGGCCGGGUCCCGGGGCCGACGGGUGCGGCCGGGGGCCGGGCCCGCGAGGCGCCGCGGCGGGGCCGGGCGGGCGGGAGGCGCCCCGGGGCCGGCGGCCUGGCGGUGGGGGAGGGCGGCCGCGCGGGCUCGACUCUCGCGCGCAGACCUGCCUCGGCCGCGCACGCGCACUGCGCCUCCCCCGGCGGCCCCGCACGGGCAGGCGCCGAGCACCCGCUGCUAGGGAAGCGCGCACGCGCACGGCCGCUCGGCGCGCUUCUGUGUGUGCGUUGGGGGAAGGUUCUCCCUGCGCGUGCGCGCACCUCAGCGCGGUGUGAGCGGGUUCAGGCUGCGGCCGGCUGAGGGAGGGCAACUGCGCCUGCGCACUGCGCUGAGCCGUGUGGGAGAGCGGCGGGGUGCUGUGUGCGCAUGCGCAGAAGGCUCAUCACCUCUGCUACGCGGUGGGGUGGGCGUUGCUGUCGUUGUGCUGUUUGCUUCUAGUGUUACUUUUCUUUUGCUCAAGUUAAAAGCAAGCAAGUAACCAAAACCACCUGUUUCCUUCUGUCACUGUGUCUUAAUCCAUGGCCGUUUUAUAACGUGGAGAUUUUUUUUUUUACAGUUACCUGUGGUGUCACAUAUUCUGAGCGAAAAUAUUCCUAAGUACGAUUUCAGGUCCAGGACGGAUUUCUGUUUGAAAUCACAGGGAUAUUCAUAAGUUUUUAUUUCCCAGCUUUCAGAGGCAUUGGUGCUGUCAGUGUAGUGUUCUACUUUGUGGGGCUGCUCUGCUCAGCACUUUCAGUGCUUCUGCCUCUUUGAUGUCUGCAGUGCUCUAUGUUGUAAAUGACAAAAAAUGCGUAUUUUUCUCCUUCAGUUGCUGCUUCUCCUUUUAUAUGCCUUUCCCCAAAGACUUUGAAGCAGUCAUGGCAGAACAGAUAAAUAGUUGUUGAACACACUUGUCUUGUUUUUGUUUCUCCAAACGGAGCCGUGAGCAUGGGAGGGUUCCCUGUUUUCUCACCUGUGAUGCUCCUUUACACCGGUGUGUCUAUGGGCUGCCCUGGCUCUGCCUGAGAGAUUCCUAAUUCCAGGUACUGAAUCAGGGAGCCACAGUGGCAGGACUGGUCGUUAUGGCCACCCAUGGGGCACAGCUGUUCCAUGAAGCGUACAGUUCAUAAAGAGAAGGCAGUAUUACUUCAUAAGCCAAGCUGGCCUUAAUUCUUCCAUGUCCCCCCUCUCACUCGUGCCUGCUCUUGCCACAGGAAGGCAGAGAUGGUGAAUACUUCGGGAAAAGUCGCUGCACUGUUGUCUAAAGAAGCUCAGCCAUAGAAAUAACCUUGAUCUCCUCUGAUGAGGAGCAAGUGUGACAGGCUGAAAUGUGUUAGUAGGGUUGUUCUUCCUCAGGCUCAUAUUCAGCAGUCUUGAAGAAACUGAAGGGCAUUGCAGUACCCAUCUUCAUUCUUACUGCUUACAAGCUGUAGAUCCCCAGGGCCUGACUUCAGCAUUUGGAGUACAUUUACAUGUCCCUAACCACUGCAUGCAGAGAAGGGCUUCUAUCUGUUUCAAUGUGUUGGCCACCAGCUGGACGCCUGGUUUUCCGAAAAGCUCCAGUGUGUCUUUUCUAAGCUUGACGAGUCAAGAUUAAAAUUAAAUUAUGAUAAGAAUCCAUGUGGAUUUCUAACUUGGAGCCUGCAGUUCAAGACAAAGAUGAAUCUGCGUUCUGUAUUUACUGUAGAACAACAAAGGAUAUUACAGCGUUAUUAUGAAAAUGGAAUGACAAAUCAAAGUAAAAAUUGCUUUCAGCUCAUAUUACAGUGUGCACAAGAAACUAAACUGGACUUCAGCGUAGUCAGGACGUGGGUUGGCAAUAAAAGAAGGAAGAUGAGCAGCAAGAGUGCUUUAGAAUCUGGAGGUGCUCCCCCAGGGACUGCCCAUACUGCUCCCUCGGUACCACCAGAAGCAAUGGUCAGAAAUGUGGUAAAUAUUGCUCGAUCCCAAAGUCAGCAGUCUUCUUGGACCUCUUCUAAUAACGAUGUAAUAGUUACUGGUAUAUACAGUCCUGCUAGUUCAUCCAAUAGGCAAGGAUCCACCAAGCAAACAAACGCUUCAAUGGCAGAAAUACAUAAAACCUCUAUUCCAAGACUACCAGGAAAAAGUGACGCAGACUUUCAGCAGCAGCACAUCCCUAUAGGGCGACAAAUACCACACUGUAAAAAUGCUUCCCUAUUAGUAGGGGAAAAAACUAUUAUUUUAUCUAGACAAACAAGUGUACUGAAUUCUGCAAACUCCAUUUAUAGUCACACGAAAAAAAGCUAUGGUGGUUCUUCAGUCCAAACUGCAGAGUUAGUGUUACCUCAGAAACCAAUGAUAUGCCACAGACCCUGUAAAGCUGAACUCAUGGGCUGUCAGAGAUUACAAAAACCAGAACAUGCAGCUCUUGCAUCACAUGGGCCCCCUGGACAAAGGGCUAACGCUAGGGACCCUUGUAGUACGCAAAACCUGGAAAUCCGUGAGGUGUUUUCUCUGGCAGUUACAGAUCAACCUCAAAGAAUUGUGGGAGGAAGUACAGCACAGAAGCAUUGCUCGGUGGAAGGCAGCUCUCUGUCCAUUGCAAUGGAAACUGGAGAUGUGGAUGAUGAAUACGCUAGAGAAGAAGAACUAGCAUCCAUGGGAGCACAAAUACAAAGUUAUUCAAGAUACUAUGAAAGUAGCAGUUCUAUUCGAGUGGAGAACCAAAGUGCAGCCUUGUCUGGGCCAGGAAGAAAUGUGAGCUGUAGUUCUCAGAUGGUGAAUGCCAGGGACGUACCUGACAGUAUGCUGUAUCACAGCAGAGACUACCACUUGCCUGCACGGACCUCAUUACAUACAUCCAGUACAUUAUAUAACAGUGCUAAUACAUCAAGAAAUACCUUUUCUCCUCAUUUUACAUCUUCAAAUCAACUGAGGCUGUCACAAAACCAAAAUAAUUACCAGAUUUCAGGAAACCUUACUGUGCCUUGGAUUACAGGUUGUUCCAGAAAAAGAGCAUUGCAGGACCGCACCCAAUUCAGUGACCGAGACUUGGCGACCCUAAAGAAAUACUGGGACAAUGGCAUGACCAGCCUGGGCUCAGUCUGCAGAGAGAAAAUUGAAGCUGUUGCUGCAGAAUUGAAUGUUGACUGUGAAAUAGUGCGGACGUGGAUUGGGAAUCGAAGACGGAAGUACCGUUUAAUGGGGAUUGAGGUCCCACCCCCUAGAGGAGGUCCUGCUGAUUUCUCUGAUCAAUCUGAAUUUGUUUCAAAGUCAGCACUUAACCCAGGAGAGGAAACUGCUACUGAAGUAGGGGAUGAUAAUGAUAGGAAUGAUGAAGUAUCAAUCUGCUUAUCUGAAGGAAGCUCACAAGAAGAAACAAAUGAAGUUCUUCAAAAUGAAGAAAUUCAUCACAAAGAUGAUGACCGGAAUCCAGUAUCUGCUGAUAAUGUGAAAAUAGAAAUCAUAGAUGAUGAAGAAAGUGAUAUGAUAAGUAAUUCUGAAGUGGAUCAAAUGAGUUCUCUUUUGGAUUACAAGAAUGAAGAAGUCAGAUUCAUUGAAAAUGAGUUGGAGAAUCACAAACAGAAGUAUUUUGAACUGCAGACGUUUACGCGGAGUUUGAUACUUGCUAUUAAAUCAGAUGAUAAAGAACAGCAGCAGGCACUGCUCUCAGACUUACCUCCUGAAUUAGAAGAAAUGGAUUUCAAUCACACAUCACCAGAGCCUGAUGAUACCUCAUUCAGCUUGUCGUCUUUAUCGGAGAAAAAUGCCUCAGACAGUUUGUGAUUUUACUUCAUUUUUUUAAUUAUUUCUAAUUGACAGAAAGAAACCUCACAUAAUGUGUAGUUUUCAAGAGAACAGCAUUUUGCUAUACAGUGUUCUUCAACCCAAAAAGGAAAGCCCAAGGUGAAGUAGACCUCCCUGAAGAAUGGCUGUAGUACAUAACAGCUGCAGUUUAUGUCAAGAAAUUUUGAGUGUUGUUUUUGCUAAAUGAAAGAACUGUGUGAGGAAAUGUUUCACUUUUAGCAGUUUGGCCUUGAUUAGGAUAACUUCUGACUUUCCAGAAUAACAUUUGUUCUGUAGCAAAGACUUUCUGAGCAGGGAUCCAAGAGUGGAAAACAAAUGUCCUGUUACACAAACAGCCAGUUUUUCAGAGUUGCUUGCUCACUAUUCCUGGUUUUAAUUUUUUCCUCAUUUUGACUCAGGUAGGUGGACUAAAAAAUGAGAAUCCAAAUAGAAUAAUGAGCUUUUUUGAGUUGUGCUUGAACUCUUUGCAAAUCUGAAAUUAAACUAAAGUGUUUUUCAUCACAUGACUUCAGAUUGUUUAAUCUUAACAUUUUGUGACCAAAACAGUUGGGAAUACUUGGAAAGGCUAACUGAAUAAUUUGAAUCAUCACUAAACUGUUGAUGUACAGAAUCCGUCUGUAAGUGAUCCACCAAUGAGGUCAUGUGGGAAACCUGGUAGCUGCACUGUGUGACUUCUUCUGAUACUCUCACAACAGCAAUGGGUUAGACAGGUUUACACGGGGUUUUAUGAUUCUAUGAAUGUAGUUGCCUUUUUUAUUUGUUGAGGUGUAGUGCUGAAGUUCUGUUCGUUGUUUUAAGUAUCAUUUAUAUACUCUUCAACAAACCUUACUCCCUUUUAUCAAGAUGCUCUCUUAAAUCCGUUAUGCCCUGAAAGGCAUUUAGGUGUUUAGAAUUGAGCGUUACAGACUUUCUACAUGUGACCUGGUUUUGAAGUAGCCUUGUCUGACAAGUUUUUUGGCACUGCCAUGUCACAGUUGCCAUUUUUAAACUGUGAGCUUGAUUGCAGGCAGUGGCUGAAAUGAGUUUCUGCUUUCCCAGCUGUUGGUCACAUUGAAUCUCUUUCCUCAUCUGAAUAAAUGGAUGUGCGGACACAUUUGGAUGAACUUAAUAGGGUUUGUAAGUGCGUGCCCAUGUUAUUAAUGCUCUAUAACUUCUAAUCUGUAUAUUCCUCAACAAGCAUUUUCAAAACCUACUUUCACAGUUUGUUAAAAAGCCCGAUCUUUCAAUUUUACACUGAGUUAAUAAUACAGUCUGGUGAGUCCCUGUUCAUGCAGUGCAGUAAGUAAUCCCAUUGAUUUCAGCGUAGGCCCGAGGUGAGGCUCAGAAAAUUCAGGAGUGGUGGCACAUAGGGGAUGACCCGAAACACUUUUUUCUGUAAUACUGGGAUUAACUCACUAAUGAGUUCAGGUUUUCUCUGUCUGGUCCUCCCUAAUCACUCCUGCAGAUUUUGUAUUCUUAGGAUCUGAGCUGAGCUCUGUUCUGCCAUCUUUUUUUCUGUUUCUGUGUUGUACUUGGGUGUGAGGGAUUUUUAGCAGUAUUGCUAAGUGCCAGUUGCAUAGAGGUUUAAAAAAAAAAGGUUUCACAGUUCUGAAAUUCUGACUACUAUAUAAUUCAGUUAGUAUUUAGUCCUCAAAAAACCUCUUACAGAGUAACCCCACAAAAGGAAGCUGUUAGGCCUGCAUUUGAGUUAUGGUAUUAACUCAAAAAUAGUAUCCCGAGAGUGAGAGAGAGAGAGAGAGAGAGAGAGGCACUGUGUAAGCUGUGGGUUGCUCACAUGCUCACUGCCUGCACUGAAGUACCACAUCCUGGCUGGGAGGUGAAUGCUGAUAUCCUUACUCAAAGGAGGAGCAUUAUUUCAUGUGCCUCCUGAAAUGACCACUGAUUUAAAAGUAAUUAAGGUUUGUGAGCAAAGAUCACAGUACUAGCCUUCAAAUGUAAGGAGUUCAACCAUAAUUCUGCUCACUCUGGAAAAAAAAUCUUUUAUAAAGGGUUUUCUAUACUGAGUUAACAAUACUCUCUUACUGUUCUCUCUAGAUAGGAAAUUUGUGCCACUGACAUUGAAACCUCUGUGAGCUUUGCUAAAAUUAAAAAAAAACAAAAAAAAAAGUGAUUUACCACUAUUUGGGCCCUAUUUUCCUGCUGCUUUUGCUUGAAUUCCCAAUGCAAAGGUCAGGAUAGACUUGAUUUCACAGUCAGUUAAAUUAUCCACUUUUGUACGAGAAAAUUUUAAUGAUAAUAUCUCAUAUUUGCUCUGUCUUGCUUUUCUUUGAUGUGCCAAACAAAUGGAAGGAAUUACUUUUGAAUGAACUGCUGUCAGAUUCAAGCACUUAUGCAAAGCCCUUUGCUAAAGGGAGUGGAACUGCUGUUUAGGAGGUGCAGCUAGAACUCUGGCUGCAGUCAGCACCCCCAUCGUGCCUCUGGGCAUGUUGUUCUUUGGUCCUCUUCUGUAUGGUAACAAGCCAAAGCAUAGUACAGUACUCCUGUCUUCAUACCCUGAAGCAUUUGGCAAUAUUACAGCAAUUCAGAAAGAAGGUGUGUAAAUGAUAUUCCUGUAUAACAAAAUAGGAUACAGGGGAUAAUACUGUACAGCUGCUUGUUCAGGUUUUAUUUCUUUUUCAAUAUCAGUGUAUAUUUCCUGUCAGAGGUAAAACAAAAAUCUUAAUGAUGUAUUACCAUUGCUGUUGUUUGGUUUUUAACAUUGCAGUCACAAUAGUUUUGCAGUAGAGUGGCUGAAAAGCUGCACACUCGCUUGGAGGUUCUGUAACAUAAAACAUAACAAUCCUUGAGAAUUACAGACAGUACAUAUCUAAGUCUUGCAGAUCAGACUAGCAGCACACAUGCUUUAUGGCUUUGUGAUUUAGAGUUGUUUUUUUUUUCCUUUGCCUGUGUCCCUGACAGACAACUUUAUUUUCUACACAAAUGUUCUGCUCAAAUUAUGUCCAAAUCCAGAUAUCCUGCAUCUAACUGGGCCUUAGAACAGUGUGAGGGAGUUUGGCAUUGUUGCCAUCCAUUUUCCUGGCCAACUUUGUCUUAGCAGUUGUGCUGACAAGCAUCAAACUCUAGUACAGCGCCACCAGGAUACUCAUUCCUGCUCUGAAGGUGCUUUAGAAGAUGGAAAAUUAUAGGUGAUAGCUGUCUGGGCCCAGGACUUGCUAAGGGUGUGUUUAGUGCCUCUGAUCAGAGGAUGACCACAGAACACACAUUUUCUCAUGACAGAGAAAGCAAAUAUUGUGUUGUGUCAUGAUGAAAGAAAUAAGCCUCCCUUUGCUAUCUCACUGAUGUGGAUCUGUAGCUUGAAUAGUGACAACAGCAGACGUGCCGUGUAUUGAUGUUCUCAUCGUCUUUCUGCUAAGGCUCUCAUUUGCUUUGUCCAUGGAAGAAGACUUUGCAGGUGUUCUUUAUUCCUAAUGCAUCUGUAGGAAUAUGAAUGAUUAAGAAUGUCUUUCUGAAGAAAGCAAAGUGGAAGAAGGUAGUUCAGAACAGACACUUAGAAGCAGAAACAGGACGCUCUCCCUUCCUUAGGGAGCACUGAAAUUCUUUGAUGCCAGCAAGCUUGCUUAUACUUCAGAAAGCUGUUUCCUGAAGCUAUGCCUCUUUUCAUUUCCCUGCAGAUGAUGCUUCUGACAAGUCUUUAGGUCUAGCAGGAGUGAGUAAUAGUAAAUAUUCUAAUAGGUAAAUUUUGGCAGAUUUAAAAGUACGUGAACAGAUGUACUAUACAAGUGUCAAUUUUCUUGAGUACUUAGUUCUUGAAGCAACAUUGCACUUUAAUCUUUCCAAGUAUUUCUUUUUUGCUAAGGCAAUAAAAAGUCUGAAAAUGACAAGCAGAUCAUGGGCUUUGCAGUCCUCUGAGGAAGAGAAAAGGAAUGUAUUAACUUACAGCUUCAUCUUUUAAACUCGGGAAGCGGCUCAUCAGGUCUGCUCGCCAAACAGAGGCAGCAAUAUCUACUGUUGUCGAUACAGAGUUGAAAUGAUAGGACAAAUCAGUCGUAUCAUGAGCAUCUUUAUUGUAGAAAUUACUUCUCAGAAUUCAUCAGCUACUUGAUUUGGGGUCUCUCUAGCACUGCCCUGUUAGUGAUGUUGAAGAUGGUAGUGCACAGCACUAACUUUUCCGGAGGUACUGUAGUCGUAGCUGACUGUUGGUCUCAGGAUAGUGACAGAAGACAAAAAUAAUAUGCAUAAAUGGAAUAGCACACAGAAUAUCUGAACCAUGAAGAAUGAGCAAUUUGUAAUGUUGCAACCAAAAGCUUGACUUACUACCUCCAGUCCUGCUGCCCAGAUCCUUUGGAUCAGCUGGGAACUACGAGGCUGCUUUACGCAUUGGGGGGACUGGCAGCUGCCUGACGUUCAGCCUUCAUUUCAGGACUCCACCUUUUCUGCCCCAAAUCAUCCUAGCACUUAGUAAGUUGACCAGUUGUCAGAUGCCUGGCCAAAGAGGAGAUUUUUAUUAAGAAAAGCUGUUUUAUGGUGUAAUUACUAUUUUAGCACAUUGGCCAAAUGUUUGGUUUUGCUCAUAACUUUUAACAAGCGGCACCACAAAGCGCUCUCAGUGGUAGAAUAGGGUUCUACUUUUGGCUAAGGAGUGUUUGUAAGAUGGUGGCUGACACAGCGGUCAGAAGAGAGCAGAUGUAAAAGGGGCAGAAUCAGAAGCUCGGGCUAGUAGUGGUGGGUGUUGGUUUUAGACAAAAAAGCAUUCGUUCUCAAUAAAAGAUGCUUAAGAAUGUUUCUGUGAGGAAAAUGGUUUCAGGUCAGAGCUCUGGUUAUGGCGAACGUUUUACUGUAUUACUGAAUGAAGUAAAUCUUUUCCAGUUCUGUAUUUCAUUUUACACACGCUACCUCUGAAACGUAACUCCACCUUUAAAACCACACAGAAAAUGUGAAUUAAAAAAUAAAAUAAAAAAGCUUUUAUAGGCAAUAAAUUAUUUCCAACACACAUCCUCCACUUUUGUGCCUGUUUUUUAGUUGUGUGAAGCAUUCAGUUUGCUUUUCGUUCUGGUACUGUUUCAUGCAUUUGUCUCAAUCUAUGGACAGGGAAGUAAUGCAGGUGUGAUAUUUGGGGAAAAAAGAUUAGCAUAUGUUAAUGGUAGUGAAUAUUUCUAUUAAUGCUCAAGGAUGGGACAGUAAAUUUUCGCAGCUGUACAGUUUUUGGUACAGCUAUUGUAAGAAAUGGAUAUUAUACUUAGAACUACUCCGGUACCAAAUGACUGAUGCGAUGUUUCUUAGUGCACCAUAGAUGAAUUGAUCAGAGGGAUCAGUCAGACAGCCAGUCUCAGCAGUGUGAUGAGAAGGGAUAGAAUUUUACUUUUUUUCUAUUUUAUUUUAUUUUUCCUAAUAACCAUAUGUAUAAAAACCUUUAGGAACAGUUUUGAUUUGCUUGUAAGCAAGUGUGACGUUAAAAUGACUCAGGGGCAAGCUACAGCUCCCUUGUAAAUGCAGACCAUUGUUGGGUAGCAAAAUGUGAUCUUAAGAAGAAGCAAGUCAGUCAUUUCCCCCAUGUCUGUGCCCAUGAAAGAUGGGGAGGGGGCGGUGGAACCAACGCACCCUUGGAGCCAUGGGUGUGGGGAGGGAGGCAGGGAGGUGCCGGGUGCCACGGCAGCUGUGUGGCUGCGGUGGAGGCCUUGGGGCCUGUCCAUGUGAAUGAAAUAGAUGGAGACGUUCCCACCCCUCAGACAGCACGAGCUUCUGCGUUGUCUCAGAUGCUGUGAAGUGCAGCUGAUAAAAUCGUGGCAGAAUCAGCUGAAUUGCGUGUGGGGAAAAAUGUUGCUCUGUAGUGGGCAUGGUACUGUUUGUGUGGGUUCUGGAAUUACUCAGAGUGCACAUGAGUCCGUGUAUGCAGAGUUACAGUGUGCACAGAUACAACGGACACGAUAGCGUUGGCACCUGCAGAGCUACUUCCACUUAAAACGUUAAUGUAAUUCAUAUAGAAAUACUUCAUUUGGGCUCAUUUGUGUAAGUUUUACUGCACUGAUUACAUGGUUCUGUACAUCUGUACAAUACAGGUUAUUGUCCAACUGCAAAACCGGUGAUUUGUAGGAUUGGAAGUUAGUUAAAAAGUCCUCAGUGAUGAUAUUCGUAAGUGAUAUUGGCAUAUAAACAAACUGCUGUAUUUAUGCAGAGGUAGUGAAUCUUCUGCCACGAUAAUUUCUGUUUUAAUUUCACAAAAGGUAUUGGUUUGAUGUCAUUUUUCUUCGGAAGGUUUAAACAUGAAUCUGUUCCGUAGGUGUUUUCAUUAGCCAACAAAAAGCAAUGUUAAAACAAGGAUGAUUUCCUUCUGGGCCGAUCUGCCAAGGCUCAUAACCCGAGUGGCUCAUUGAAUCUCUGUGACACGUCAGUAUUUAUAUUGCAUUUCUAUUAUUUGUAUCAGUAUGUGUAGCAAAAAAAUUGCUCUAAAUCUUGACCUGAUGUACCUCCACUGUAGCCCAGGACGUUGGAUCUUGGCUUAUUUGAGAGAUGGAUGCCUAGUGAAAUAUUCCAUGCAUUUAUAUUGAUUUUUUUUUCUUGCUGUUGUUCUGUAUAUAUAAGGGUAUUUAUAAUUCUGUAUUAACAGAGAUGCUCAUUUCCUUCUCCAGAAGUCUGCUCAGCUAUUUUUAUAUAAAAUGUUGGUCUUUGCCUUAAUUUUUUUGUGCAAGUCGUGCCAUAGAUACUUUAACUUAUCCACAGGUAGUUCAUGCAAUUUGCUUUGAAAUGUCUUUGGUUAAUGAUUUUUUUUUUCCUCAAAUCAUUCUAAAUUGUUUUCUCCUCCAAGUGUACGAUGAGAUUUUUUUUCUUCUUAAUCUUGGUUUUGUUCCGUUUCGAAGAUACCCCGGUAUGCAUGCUUCGGUUAGAGCCAGCUUUUUCUCUGUAGCUUAUUGUUUCUAGUUAAAAAUCCUUCUACUGAAAAAGAAAGAAAUGAAGUAAUGCUUGUACAGAUGUGUCUAUAGCGCCCAGACGGUCAGAGCCAAGGGCUAUUUAGCGUUGGUAACUUUGUCUACUAGACUCAAGGAUAUUUUUCUACGUCUGUCACGUUUGGGCCUAUGGCGAAAUGAAAUAAAGGUGAACCGACUCCUUUUCCUACA